CGGGGUAUCGCGUCCGUCGUCUCGGCUCCUCGAUAUCUCGCUAUCUGACGGUUUCCUCGCCGCAUCCAGCCGAGAUUGUUGACAUGGACGGUGAUAAUUAGCGGCAAGAAGCGUGUCAGCAGGCUGUGCUGGUAAAGACGGCUCAUUCUUAACAGAUGUUAUCAUCGCUGCAGCCAGGAGAUGAUCUCUGAGCUUUCGCUGGUAAACAGAAGGCCUUUCACUUUGCAGAGCUGCCAGAUAACGGCUUGAAAUACUGGUUAUUAUUGUGAUAAGAUGGCGUGAACAAUACUGCCGCUGUACUAUUGGUGUUUCAGCUGUCAGUCGGAGGCGAGCUGUUUCUAUGGCUACAGUCUAUGUGUCAAGGCAAAGCUAGCUUUAGCUACAUCUGAAUCUACAGUUUUCUUCAAUCUACCCUGUUAAACCAGCAGACGCCCCUGUAAAGACAGUUAGUAGCCAUGGCAGACCAAGACAUUUGUCCUCACCUGGACUCUAUUGGAGAGGUGACCAAGGAGGACCUCCUUCAGAAAUCCAAGGGAACUUGCCAGUCUUGUGGAGCUGGAGGGCCAAACCUCUGGGCGUGUCUGCAGAGUGACUGUCCAUAUGUUGGAUGUGGCGAGUCAUACUCUGAUCACAGCACCCUGCACGCACAGGCUAAGAAGCACAACCUGACCGUGAAUCUGACCACCUUCAGGAUCUGGUGUUAUGUGUGUGAGCGGGAGGUGUUUUUGGAGCACAGGCCGGCGCUGGUGCCCAUCCCUGCUGCUCCUCAUCACUGUAAAGCUACAGAUCAGGAAGCAGCUCCUCAGCCAGUAGGUCACCCGCUGAAAGCAGUGCCCAUUGCCGUUGCAGAAGAAGAAGGUUCAGAGUCAGAGGAGGAUGAGCUUAAACCCAGAGGUCUGACAGGAAUGAAAAAUAUUGGAAACUCCUGCUACAUGAAUGCAGCUCUUCAAGCUCUGUCCAACUGUCCUCCUCUUACUCACUUCUUCCUGGACUGCAGUGGAUUGGUCCGCACCGAUAAGAAGCCAGCUCUCUGUAAGAGCUACCAGAAACUCAUCUCAGAACUCUGGCAUAAAAAACGGCCCAGCUAUGUGGUCCCUACCAGUCUGUCUCAUGGCAUCAAACUUGUAAACCCCAUGUUUCGAGGUUAUGCUCAGCAGGACACUCAGGAGUUCCUGCGCUGUCUGAUGGAUCAACUGCACGAGGAGCUGAAGGAGCCUCUGACCGAGUGCAACAUGAGCACGGAGGGAAGCGACGGCGAGGAGAUUCGUGACGGAGACCCCUCCCCGUCUGAGGAUGAAUUCCUCUCCUGCGACUCUGGCUCAAGCAGCGACCGCGGCGAGGGAGGGGGAGCUGCUGAUGGCGAGCUGCUCCUGCAGGACGAGUGCGAUGGGGUAAGGACGUCAGCGGGAGGGAUUGUGGGCGUCGGUAACGGCGGGGUGAUCUCGGAGAAGGAGAGGCUGAAGGAAAGGAGGGUGUCCGGGUCUCCUCUUCGUGGUGGCUCUCAGGAGAUGGAUGAGGAUGCGGAUGUGGAUACAGCAGCUGAGGAAGGGGCUUCCGAAAGAGGGGAGGAGGAGGAAGGGACGCCAACGGCAAACAGCGAGGUCCAAAGCCAAGAGAACAACCAGAUAUCUGAGGCGACACAACCCCAGACACAGAGCAACAACAGCCCAGAACCAGACAAUGAAGCAUCAAUGACCCAGCCCCAGCCCCAGCCUCAGCCUCAGCCUCAGCCUCAGUCCAUGCCCUGCAGCCCUGUACGAACCCUCCAGGAGCUGCAUCCUAAACUAUCCUCCAGUCCACCACGGUCUAGUCCACUCCGCUCUGCAGGACCUGCGUACUCCUUCAAAAAAGCUCAGCUGCUGCUCAGCGCUCGAAAGAAGAAGCAGUCUCACUAUCGCAGCGUGAUCUCGGACAUCUUCGACGGCUCCAUCCUCAGUCUGGUUCAGUGUUUAACCUGUGACAGGGUCUCUACAACAGUGGAAACCUUCCAGGACUUGUCCCUCCCCAUUCCCGGUAAAGAGGACUUGGCCAAGCUCCACUCGUCCAUCCACCAGAACCUUCCUGUAAAGACGGGUGUUUGUCCUGACACUUACAGCUCGCAGGGCUGGAUCUCAUUCAUCAUGGACUCCAUACGGCGGUUCGUAGUUUCAUGUAUCCCCAGUUGGUUUUGGGGGCCCAUGGUGACGCUAGAAGACUGCCUUGCUGCUUUUUUCGCUGCGGAUGAACUCAAAGGGGACAACAUGUACAGCUGUGAGAGAUGUAAAAAGUUGAGAAACGGUGUAAAAUACUGCAAAGUGCUUAGACUUCCUGAGAUUCUUUGUAUUCAUCUGAAACGGUUCCGCCAUGAGGUGAUGUAUUCGUUCAAGAUCAGCAGUCAUGUUUCCUUCCCACUGGAGGGCCUCGACAUGCGGCCGUUCCUGGCAAAGGAGAGUCCGUCCCAAGUCACCACUUACGACCUGCUGUCAGUCAUCUGUCACCAUGGCACUGCAGGAAGUGGACACUACAUAGCAUACUGUCAGAAUGUGAUCAACGGCCAGUGGUACGAGUUUGAUGACCAGUAUGUGACAGAAGUCCACGAGACAGUGGUGCAGAACGCAGAGGCCUAUGUUCUGUUUUAUAGAAAAAGUAGCGAGGAGUCGGUGAGGGAGAGGCAGAAGGUGGUGGCUCUGGCCAACAUGAAGGAGCCCAGCCUGCUGCAGUUUUACAUCUCCAGAGAAUGGCUGAACAAGUUCAACACCUUCGCAGAGCCGGGCCCCAUCAGCAAUCAUACGUUUCUUUGUCAGCACGGGGGAAUCCCUCCUAAUAAGUACCACUACAUCGACGACUUGGUUGUAAUAGUCCCGCAGAAUGUGUGGGAGUACCUUUACAACAGCUUUGGCGGCGGCCCAGCAGUGAACCACCUGUAUAUGUGUGCCAUCUGCCAGGUGGAGAUCGAAGCUCUGGCUAAACGCAGAAAAACAGAAAUAGACACUUUCAUCAAGCUGAACAAGGAGUUUCAGGCCGAGGAGGCUCCAACUGUGAUCCUGUGCAUCAGCAUGCAGUGGUUCAGGGAGUGGGAGAGCUUCGUGAAGGGGAAAGACAACGAGCCGCCUGGUCCCAUUGACAACAGUAAAAUUGGAGUCAUGAAAGGCGGACACAUCCAACUCAAGCAAGGUGCUGAUUACGGUCAGAUCUCAGAGGAGACAUGGCAGUACUUGUUGGGUAUUUAUGGCGGAGGCCCUGAGAUCGCAGUGAGGCAGACCGUGGCCCCGGCUGACCCCGACAGCCUCCAUGGAGAAAGGAAAAUCGAGGCGGAGACGAGAGCACUUUGAGAUAAAAAGAGGUCUUCUGAUUCCACCCGUUCCACUUCUGCCCUCACAGGAAGCUGAGGAAUUUGCACCUUGGUGAAAAAGCCUUGCCGUGAGCACUUUGUAAAUGUAGCAGCGAAUUAUCCUGGAGGAGGGGUAUUUAAAUAUCACAUAGUUUGUUUAUUUAUUGGAUAACUGAUCUCGAUGUUAAGGUGUGAAAAAUAAGGCGUCAUGUCACAUCUCUGGAGCUGUUUUCUGUAGUUUCAGUGGCUGCUGUAGUGACUAGGUGUCAAAUACUGCUAAAACCGGCUGUGGAGGACACAGAGCCAACGUCGGAAGAUCAACAGAAAGAUUUGAGGACUGUGCUUUACAACCAAGAGACAUUCGGCUUUGUGUUGUUUGCCUGUUUGCUAGCUACAUAGAAACAACUUAAGACAUAACGUGAGAACUGCUUAGAUCUAACUCUUGCACCUCCGACCUUAAAUACACAGUAUAUCAGAGCCCUCAGGAAUGGAAGUCUUGAAAACCAGUGAAAUAACAUCUGACUGAGAGAAAAUACCAUUAAACAUGCAUGUGUUCCAGUAGACCAUUUUCAGGGGCAUUUGUACUCUAAAAACUUCAAAAUGCAUGAAACUACAAACCUUUUUAGACCCUUUGAGGCAUUUCAGAAAGAGGGAAGACGCAGAGCAGAUGUUUUAUGCUCAACCAGAACUAACACCUGGUCAGAAAGUAUUCAGACCCCCUUCACUUUCUGUUUUGCUAUGUUGCAGCCUGAUGCUACAGUAAAAAAAAAUCAUUUUUAUUCUCUUUAAUCUACACUCCAUACCGCAUCAUGAAUUUUAGAAAUUUUGCAAAUUUAUUAAAAAUAAAAAUCUGAAUAUCACAUUUUACAACACUGUAAAUGUAUCUCAGGUUCCUCUAAUUUCUCUGAUCUUUGCUGAAAUGUUUCUGCACCUUGAUUGAAGUUCACCUGUGCUAAAUUAAACUGAUUGAACCUGAGCUAAAUAUCAAGUCUUUUGCAAAUGGUGCAAAAAGAUUAAAAUUUUAAUCAUGCUAAAUGUCAGAAUUAAUCAUGAUUAAUUGCACCCUUUCUAUUGCAUUUUAAAAUUCCACUGUUAUGAAUUUUAAACUGUUUUUGUGUCAUUUUGUAUUUUUCUGCUGUCUUGCACUAAAGGUAAUUGACUUCCUGUUUGGGUAGAGACCUACUUUUAGAGGUAGAUCGAAGAUACAAACCAAAGCCCAGUCUCAGUUUCCACACUCACACUCACUGACUUUGAGGCUUUCCUGCCAAGGGUGGCCACACACUAGACGAUUUUAAAACCGUGGGAGACCACAGACUUCGGGACAGUUUCAAACAAUUUUUCAUCUUUAAUCCUCAGCCAGACCGUCAGACCACUGGAGACCACACACCUACCGACAUGCUGACGGCCUUGAUAAUCAUGUGACUUCAGAAAAAAACAAAGGCCUAAGUCUGUGAGCACUUAGGGCUGUCCCACUGUCAAAUCGUAAUGUGUGUGAGGGAUCUCUUGAGCCCUGCAUGCAACCUUUCUGUGAGUGGGCAUUUCUGCAGACUUAGCAUGAGGGAAUUACCCAUAGUUUAUAGCAUCGUGACACAUAACAGGCAUUCCCUUGGGUUACGCGCUAGCUAACCCUAUAAAAGUGAAGCAAAAAGAGCAAAAUGGUAAACAAAAAAACAUGGAAGGUGACGACGCUGCUAAAAAAAAAGCCCUUUACUUUAACUUUGAGCCCUUGCAGCCUUGUGCACUCAUCACUCUCCAGGUGCAGUCAGUUAAGUCUAUCAGGGCUCACGGUUUAGGGAGGAGAUUGAUUGAGCCUUUGACUUAACCACAGAAAAAAGAAGUUGCUACUGAUUGAAAAUGAAUUAAGACGGUGGUUACCAAACUUUUUCUACCAGGCCCCCCUUUUUUAGAAUUUACAGCAACAUAAAACCUAAAAAUUCAGAGUUUUCAAAAUCUGACUCUGAAGAUAAACAAUUCCCUGAAAAUAAAAACUUAAUGAACAUCUUUCAGAUUUAAACACAACCAGUUCUGCAGUAACUUCAGUGACAACUGUGAGCCUUUUUGGUGCUACAGUUAUUUUUGCAUAUCGGGUGCAGAUGUGAGACUGGGUCUCUCAGAUAAUUUUUUUUAAUGUCCAGCUAUGAUUUGAUUUUGUAUCGUGGAGGAAACAUCCUUUUGCUACAUCCUCAAACAGGAGGGAUGUUGCAAAAGGAAAAAGUGUGGCAAAGGCUCUCAUGCUUAGCCACUACCACUUCUUUUCCACUCCAAUCCAAAAUGCUGAUGAUGUCUUGGACUUGAACUGCAAUAAUGUCGCUGAAUCCGAGGAGACUUCAGUAGACUGGUCCUCUUCUCCAGGGCUGAAGUUAUCAGCUGGUGCUGCGUAGACUGGCCUUACUGCACCCCCCUGGGCCAAAUGGUGCAGGUGACUUUGGACUUGUCUACUGAGCUGUCUGAGUUUCAUGGACUUAUUUUACAUCACUGCAGGGAGAUUCUGACAUGGUCUUAGCCAAAGUGUGAAAAAGGGACAAUAAAGCAUGCAAUUAAAAACAUUAGUCCACUAAUUGUGGGCCUUAAUUAAUCACAAUUAACUUGAUUAAUCUUGAUCGUCCUAGCCUGAAUACUUAUAUCAGUUAUUUUUCAGUUUCUAUUUUUAACAAAUUUGCAAAAAUAUCUUAAUUGUUUUCACUUUGUCAUGAUGGGGCACUGAGCGUAGAUUAAUAUAUUUACAGUACUGUGCAGAAGUUUUAGGCAUGUAGAGCGCUAACGGUUCCUCACAGAUCCUGAUGUCCCACAACCCUGGGCUGAAGAGAGGAGGGAGGGCCAGAGUCAGAGUCGACACAUUUGACAUGUACGUGUGCUGCUCAGCAGUCAAGGUCAAGCUUAACAGCAUUUCUUUUGUCCAGGCCUUUGCACCCCUGGUAAUAGGCCCAGCAACCACCAACAGUUUUCAAGUGCUUAGAACAUACACACGACAACCAGGGGGUUGUUGCAACCCUCCUACCCGCCCGAACAGUACCCUAGACUAUGUUUAAGCACCACAUCUACCCAUAACUCCACCUUAAAGCUGUGGUUUUUGUUUUGUUUUCAUCAGAUUAUUUUCCCAUGCCCUUGGUAAUGUACAAAGACAUUCAGAGCAUGACCUGGGUUGUGUCAAUCCUCCUUCCCGCUCGAUGUGGACCUUAAGCUGGUGUACUCGCCAUUACACACCUUACUUCAGCCUCAAAUUUCGGCCCAAACUUGCCUAAAACUUCUGCUCAGUACUGUAUAUUUUAUUAUUGUAGCAUCAGGCUGCAACAUUACAAAACUGAAAGCAGUGAAGGGGGUCUGAAUACUUUCUGAAUGUACUGUAGAGUGGUUUGUUCAAGGAGAAAGGCUGGGGUGGUUUCUAUAGUGUAUUCUGUAGAAAUCUUAAAUCAAGGGAUAGGCUUUACCUAUGACUUCAAAAAUCUACUCAGUUCAUCCUUGAGUUGGAGUUGGCAAAUCUGUAAAGUUUGACAAAAAUCUCUCAAAGUCUUCUUGAGAUAUAUUCAUGAGAUAAUGGUAGAAAUGACUGACGUAUGACCUACAAAUUCUAGUCUGUUAAACAAUGAAUCAGAGUGUUUUUUGCUCAAAACUUGAUGAAAGUCCUUCAAAGCUCUCUUGAGAUAUUAAUGCACAAGCAAGGGAUAAAGAUAAACCCCAGUGACCUUGACCUUUGACCCCAAAAUCUAUUCAGGUGUUCAUGAGUCACAGUGCUGUGUUUGAAAGAAAUCCAUCAAAGUAGAUAGAUAUCACACUCAUCAUUAAAGGAUGAACAUGAGGCUAAAUAAUGACUUUGACCUCCAAAAUCCAAUCAGUCCAUUCUUGACUUCUGGUGCUUUCACACUCUUAGCCUGGUCCUGGAUCUGAGUACACUUGAGCCCAAAGUCCUGUUUGUUUAGGUCAGUGUGAACACAAAUGAGCUUUGCCGGGGCACCAGGCCCGGUCAAAGGUUCAAGUGGACUCUGGCACAGUUCGAAUGUGAUGCAAAUACAACCCCACUCUGAUCCGGGAAAGACGGUUGCGACAUUUUUGUAAAGGCAAAACAUCUUUCCUAACGCUGCAGUUUGUUCAGUUUUCUCUAUAAACAUCAAGUCGACAAAUAGUCUGUUUUGACCGUAAGUUGGGGUCAGCCAGUAGAGUUGCAAAGGUAAAAGGUGUAUCCAAAGCUUGAUGAAAAUCCCUCAAAGGUGCUGAACCCACAAGAACGGCCCGAGCAGACAGAAAACCUGAAAACUCAAUGCCUCCAUCCUCAGCCAUCCCCAGCAUGGAGCUUUAAUAAUGAGAGAGCUGCUCAUGUCUACAAUUACCCUGAAAAAGCAAAUAGACUUCCAGCAGUAGUCCUGUCAUUCUAGAGCACUUCUCAAACAUAUUUGAGCGUUUGAGUCAGUUCAGUAGGAAAUUACACAAGGUAUCCUGUGCAAUAACUAUAAAUAAGCUGGAGGGUGAUGAUGAUGAUCUCUAAUGUAUUUUCUUGUGAAUAGCUCACAAAGUAAAUCUGAAAUUCUUCUGAAAGUGUAGAUUAAGUCACAGUUCCUCAAAGUUAUGCUCUCAGUUAAAAUGCAGUACCCAUUCUGACAGGAAGAGGGCGAUGUUAAAGACAUUUGUACCAUGUGACAGAUUACCAAGAUAAAAUGAAUUAUAACCAGCACAACAUGCUCAUACUAGGACCGGCUCCAACAGGGACAUUAUUUGUGACUCGAGGAACAUUUCCUCUUCUGUUACUGUGCUUCUUUUCAUUCUAGUUGGCACUAAAUGAAGCUGUGCCCUGUGGUAAUGUGGCACUGUGUCUUUCAAUUUUUCAUUUUAAUUAUUUUGUACAAUUUAACAUGUUUUUUAAAAUAUAUACAUCAUGGCGUAUUUAUUAAAAUGGCAUUCUGAUGCAAGGUUAAGCCCUAAACUCUAAUGGCAUCAAACGGAAACUCACAUCUGCUGAGUUCUUGUGAAGAGGAAACCUGAUUCAGAUCUUGUCUUGCUCAUGAUCUCUCAAAGAUUAGUGUACAUUUAGCAAGAAUGUAUUAAGCAGUCAGUUUCAGAAAGCUCUAACGGCUGCCAGCAGCUCCAUAUGAGGCUGCUAACUGCCACAUUAUUUUAACAUUUCCUUUGUAAUGGAAAGCUGUAUUUUUGAAAGCUCCCUUGCUCUGCUGAACAGAAUAAAGGGGGUUAAAGCAGUAUAACCUCGUCCAAUAAAAUCCUACAUUCUUGAUGUGUUAUCACUUGCUGCAAUGGCCUUUACAGAGCUUAAAAAAAAAAGUAC